UCUUCUAGUAAUACUCUAUUUCUUUACUCCCUUUUAUAGUAAAAUUUCUCUACAGUGCUUGUAUUCAAUUCAUUGUUCCUACUUCCUCUCUUUUGAACGGGAGGAAUAAGUUUUUUCAUCUAAAAUUUGGAAGCCAAGUCAGUAACAAAAUGAAACCAGUAAAGCAUCUGUUGACCACCAGUAACAAAUCAGCAAAUGUUCCAGCAUUAACUACUAAAAAAGGACUACAUAAUUUACCAUUAUCACCUAAACUAAAGGAAAAACAUAAUGCAAAAUUAAUUCAUGAUAAAAUUGAACCAAUGGUCCUAAGAUCUCCACCAACAGGAGAAUCCAUUGUACGGUAUGCUUUGCCCAUUCCAUCGAGUAAGACAAAGAACUUACUGUCAGGAGAUGAAAUGAUCGGAAAAAUUAUCAAACAUCUGAAGAUGUUUGUUUCCACUUUGGAAGAAACCUAUGGACAUUGUGAUCAGAAUGGAGAAGAACCAUUUGUAAAGCAUGAACAUGAAGAAUUAUCUUUAUCUGUUGGGGAUGAUAUGAAUUCAUUCUUGACAUAUUGUUCGCAAUUUGCAGCUCAGCUAGAAGAAGCACUUAAAGAAGAACAAAAUAUUUUGGAAUCUCUUUUUAAGUGGUUUCAGUGGCAGGUCAAUCAGAUGGAAGAAAUAAGUAAAGAUCAAACUGUUUUACAAGCAGAGCCUCCAGAACCUGACAAAACAGUCAUUUUAAAUAUUGCAGAAAUAGUAAGGCUUGUACAAAGAUUUGAAGAACUGAAGAAUCGCCUUAAACAGAGGUCUAAAUCCUCCUUGAAAGUCAUGUUGUCUAAAACUAUGGAUAAAGAAAAUCGACCAGAAGCAGUGAAAAGUUGUGAAGCUGUGGCACAGAAAAUUGAAGAAUUCAUAGAAGCCCACUCAACUGAUGAAUUUAAAGAUGUUUCUGCAACAGAACCACAAACUACUCAUUCAAUGACUAAUCGAUUUAAUGCCAUGUUGAAAGUAUUUGAAAACCAGGCAAAUAUGUUGGAGAGAGCUGUAAAUGAUCAAGUUUUGUUAGAUGCUGAAUACAAACAGAUGCAACGUGAUUUUCAGUUGUUAUCAGAAGAGAAGUUGGUGCUGGAAAAUGAACUACAAAAGUUGAAGGACAAAGAGAAAACUAAGCCUACAAAUAAUCGAACAAAGAAAGCUGUGAAAACAGUGAAGAAAAAAGACAAAGGAAAAUCUGAGGAUUCAGAAAAGAAGAUGUCUCCAGAAAAAGAGUUUAAAAUUAAAGAAGAUUUGGAUCAAAUACAGAAAGUAGCACGUCUGGAAAUUGAGAACAAAGUCCUUCAGGAGCAAUUGAAACAGGCUUUACAGGAAGCUGAAAAAGCUAAGCAUCAACUUAACUAUUUCCUAAAUCAAGAGAAGAAGUUACUUAAAAGUGAGGGGAAAACUGAGACAACAAUGCGAGUGGGUAAUAGUCAAACAAAAGUUAAAGGUGAAGAUUCAAAAAAUAUACCAUUGGAGAAAGAAGCAAGAAAAUCACUGGUUUCAGAUUCAGGUGGACAAAGGACAAGUGAUAAAAUCCAAGAAUAUCCACAGAUCACUGCCCAAAGUGGAAGACUGAUUGAAAAAAGGUAA